ACACUUCGCUGACACCCCCAAUUAUCAAAAACAACGACCUUCCUUUCUGAUUUACGCUUCCGUAUAUACCACUUAACCCUCCUUACAUUUUAUUUAUUUAUUUUUCUCUUUUGUCACUUUCCUGGAAUUUCCCAUUUUUUUUAGUUUCCCUUUCCAAAGAGACAAAUCUGUUUUAAAUCUUAAUCUGGGUCCUUCAAGUUUAGCCUUAGAUCCUUUGUUUCUUUUUCAGAUUUGAACACUACCCAUUUCCAGUUCUCUAUUUUCCUGUACAAAUCAAAGGGAAAAAAAGAGAGUUUAAAUCUUGGAUUUCGAGAAUUGGGUUCUCUUCACUGGGAGCUUAUACUACAUUCCAGGGGGAAUUGGGUGUUAAAUUCAACAUCCAACAAGUAACUUUCUUUUAUGAGCUAAGAUGGUGUUCAAAUCCAAGAUUAAAUGGGUUGCAUUAUUAGUUUUGACUUUAUCAUUGGGAUCAAUGGUGGCUCAUCUUUCAAUGACAAAGUUUUCAAGUAUGAAUUUAAUCCAGUAUAGCGCAAAAGAUGCUUUAAGCCAUGAUUUUCCUAACAUUGUAUCGCCUGUCAUCAGAAAUAAGAGACUAUGGGGUACUGUCAGGUCUUUGGCGUCUUUGCAGCCAUAUGCAAACCCAAGAAACAGCUAUCCUGUUCCGAAUGAAAAUACUAAUGGUUUCAUCUUUGCAAAAAUCUUUGGUGGAUUUGAGAAGAUAAGAUCUUCGAUAUGUGAUCUUGUCACCAUAUCCAGGCUUCUAAAUGCUACUCUUGUAAUUCCAGAGAUACAAGAAAGCACUCGUUCAAAACAAAUCAGUUAUAAAUUCAAGAGUUUCUCCUAUCUUUAUGACGAGGAGCAAUUCAUUGCCUCACUUAAAAAUGAUGUGAAUAUCGUAAAAAGCCUGCCUGAGCAUUUGAAGGCUGCAAGAAGAAGCAAUGAGUUCCCUAUUUUCAAGCCCAAAAAUUCAGCUUCUCCAAAUUUUUACAUCAAGGAAAUAUUACCAAACUUAAAGAAAGCCAAGGUUGUUGGGUUGAUUAUUACAGAAGGAGGAUGCCUACAGUCGAUUCUUCCACCUAGUAUGUCCGAGUUUCAGAGGCUUAGAUGCAGGGUUGCUUUUCAUGCACUCCAGUUUCGUUCUGAAAUUCAGACCCUUGGUCGACAGAUGGUAGAGAGGCUACGAGCGUGGGGACAACCGUUCUUAUCAUAUCAUCCUGGUUUAGUAAGGGAUACCUUGGCAUAUCAUGGCUGUGCUGAACUUUUCCAGGAUGUUCAUACAGAACUUAUACAAUACCGAAGGGCACAGAUGAUCAGGCAAGGGAUUGUUAGUGACGAACUAAAUGUUGACUCACACUUGCAGAGAGAAAAUGGUUCGUGUCCUCUCAUGCCUGAAGAGGUUGGACUUCUUCUUCGUGCAAUGGGCUAUCCUUCUAAAACAAUUAUAUACUUGGCAGGUUCUCAAACUUUUGGUGGUCAACGUCUUCUGAUCCCUCUACGUGCUAUGUUUGCAAACCUAGUAGAUCGGACUUCGUUGUGCAGCAAGACGGAGUUGUCUGAUUUGGUUGGUCCUGAAACACCUCUUCCUUCUGAUAUUUUUCAACUACCUCGUCCUAAAAGUGAGUCGGAAAUUAAAGAAGAGUGGAGCAGGGCUGGUCCACGGCCCCGGCCCCUUCCUCCACCUCCUGAGAGGCGCAUAUAUCCACAUGAAAAAGAAGGCUGGUAUGGCUGGAUUACUGAGACAGACAAAGAACCAAACCCUUCACCAAGGGAUCUUAGGAUGCAAGCUCACCGGUUACUUUGGGAUGCCCUUGAUUAUAUAAUAUCUGUGGAAGCAGAUGCAUUCUUUCCUGGUUUUAACAACGAUGGUAGUGGAUGGCCAGAUUUCUCAGGAUUGGUUAUGGGACAGAGGUUGUACGAGAGGGCUUCUUCUAGAACUUAUCGACCAGACAGGAAAACUAUUGCUGCGCUUUUUGACAUUACCCGUGGUAAUAUGUACCAUCCCAAGCAUGACUGGACACUCUCUGUCAAGGAACAUCUCAACAAAAGUUUGAGCGAAGAAGGCCUCAUCCGGCAAUCGCUGUUGUCAAAGCCAAACUCUUUCCUAUCGCAUCCACUUCCUGAAUGCUCUUGUAGAAUUUCUUCUCUCGAACUCACAAAACAAACAGAAGGCAAAGACGGGAGGGUUUUAUAUGGAGAUGAACAUGAGUGCCCCAUAUGGAUGCAGUCAGCUGAGGCUGUAGGGGUACGAAAUGACGACGUUGAAUCAGCUGAAGAUGAUAAUGAUGUGGUCGAACAGCAAGAACGCAAUGGCCCUGAUUUCACGACUAGCUUGACUUCUACGAUUGAUCAUGAUGAAGAAUGGGAUCCUAAUGACUAAAUGGAUUUACAGAUGAGUAGAUAAGCAAUUUCCUCUCUAUAGCACCACCUGGCGGAAUUGAGCAUAUGGUGAAAUUCGUCCGGAAUGAAAAUUUUCGUGACUCGGGGGGUAACAACCGAAACCAUUCUUUCAUUUCAUAGUUCCCGUAUAAUAUUUUGAGACAAAUAAGGUAGUCAAAUUUUGUCUUUUUGAGUAGAUUCUUUCAAAGUUAUCCAGUCAUAGAAAACCAAAGAUUUUAUUUAUAUGGCUUACACAUCAAAGUUUUCUAACAUAAGAACAGUGGAAAGAUUGGAUAUGCAGUGAUGAAUUACAGCCUGUGUCAAAAAAAAAAAAAAAGAUUCUUUUCUCCUUCAGAAGCUGAAAUCCUUUGUGAUCUUUGAAAUGGUGCAACAUUUCCUGUUGUGCCCUUUUUUUAUUGUUAAAAGUGUAAAUUUGUAUUGUUAUGAUCAUUCUUUUAUUAUGGAUUAAUUGAAUUUUAUUAUUAUUAUUUAUAUGGUGAUUAAAGAUUAAAAGAAUUGGGUUGCUGAGAA